AUGGACAACAAACAAGAAUCCCCCGCCGACCUGAAGCACGAAGCUACCGAUGCCACUGGAGUGGGCGCUGAUGAAGUGGGAGCGCCCAGUGCCCCCGAAGCGGCUGAUCAGAAUCAAGGUGCUGGCUCACCCAGCAAUGGCCAUGAUACGACCUCUGCCAACCCACUAGAUGCUCCGAAAUCACCUCCCAUACAGACCGAAGGAAACGGCGAGCAAGGGGAUGCCGAGAUGGGCGGAGUGGACGACGAUGCCAAAGGCGAUGAAGCUGAUGCUGAAAAAGACAACAUCGAUGACACCCAGGGAACGCCCGCCGGCACCAACGCCGAGGAGGGUCAAUCUACUCAAGCCAAAUCAAACCUCGAAGCUGCCGCCAAUUCACAUUUGGUGGCGCAAACCCAUCAAAUCAUUCUUCCCAGCUACAGCACCUGGUUUGACAUGCAGACCAUCCACGCGAUCGAGAAGAAGUCACUCCCCGAGUUUUUCAAUGGCCGCAACCGAAGCAAGACUCCUGCCGUGUACAAGGACUACCGUGAUUUCAUGCUCAACGCCUACCGAUUGAACCCUGUCGAGUAUCUCACCGUGACCGCGUGUCGAAGAAAUCUAGCUGGUGAUGUGUGCGCCAUUAUGCGGGUACACGCCUUUCUAGAACAAUGGGGGCUUAUCAACUACCAGGUCGAUCCGCAAACACGUCCAGCGAAUAUUGGACCCCCCUUCACAGGACACUUCAGAGUGACCGCUGAUACGCCACGAGGAUUGCAACCAUUCCAACCGGCUCAGAGCACAUUCACCACCCCCGGCAAGCCACAUCCUGCGACCGACCGAGCAAAAUCAGCCACUCCCGCAUCCAAGGCAGAUUUGAACCUGGAACUCCGGCGCAGCGUGUAUGAUGACAAAGGAAAGGAGAUCAAAACCAGCGAAGAGGCUGCAGACAAACAAGCGAAUGGCGAAGGUGCAACAGCCAACGGCACUGCUUUGGGUGAUGCCGCCGCUGUCACCAAGGCGAUGGAGUCCGCCGCAAAGGAACCGAUCAAAUCGUUCAACUGUUAUGCUUGUGGUAUUGACUGCACCAGAUGUCGUUUUCACUAUGCCCGGUCAGAUCAGGCGCCGGGAAAUAACAGUUCGACCGAGACCAAGUACGAUCUAUGCCCCAACUGCUACUUCCAAUCGAGAAUGCCCAGCAAUCAUCGCUCUUCAGACUUUGUGAAACUGGAAGAACCUGCUUACGCGCCAAUUCCGGACAAGGACGCGCCCUGGACCGACUCGGAACUUUUGCUACUUUUGGAGGCGCUGGAAACUUUCGACCAUGACUGGAACGAGGUUUCGAAACACGUCGGCACGCGGACAAGAGAGGAAUGCGUGCUCAAAUUCCUACAACUUGACAUACAGGAUCAAUACCUCGAGGACUCAGCAUUGAAUGGCUCGACGAUGAAGUUACUCAGUGGUCGAAGCCCGCUCAGUCAACUCGAAAACCCAGUCAUGUCAGUCAUCAGCUUUCUUGCCCAGAUUGCCGAACCCAGUGUUAUCGCCGCGGCCACCGGUCGGUCUAUUGCGGCCAUGCAGAAAGAGUUACGGAAGCAGCUGGAAAAAGGCAUGGGUGGCAGUGAGGCGGAUAGCAAAGACAAAGAAAAAGUCAAAUCCGAGGACACGAUGGACGUGGAUGAGACAUCGGUCGAACAACCUUCCGCCGUCUCUAAGGGAUCCGAUGUGAUCAACGAGAUUGCCACUACGGCGUUGGCGACGACGGCCGCUCGCGCCAGUACUCUUGCUUCGCACGAGGAGAGAGAAUUGACUCGGAUGAUUGGGGCGGCGGUGAAUUUGAGCCUGCAGAAAUACGAGUUCAAGAUGACGCAGUUUGCCGAGAUGGAGGAGAUUGUGCAGGCGGAACACCGAGAUCUGGAGAAGGGCCGUCAGCAAUUGUUCUUGGACCGACUAUCCUUCCGAAAGAGAAUGAAGGAGAUGAUGCACACCUUCCAACAAGCAAGUCUGAAGGGAGCGGAAGAAGGCACGCGAGCAAUGCAGGAGACUCUCCAGACCAACGCCGGCCAGCGAUUUGGAUUCCAACCCGACCACGAUACCUCUGGAAUAAGGGUGAAUGCGGCAGGACGUGGUGAUGGGAGAGGCACUGAGCUAUAG